AUGGCCCUCUUAGGCACAAUAGGGCUAAAAUUCAAGCUAGGGAUAGGGAUAGUUUCGGUCUACGCUUCUUUUGAGGCAUACUUGUACCUACGGGCGAAAUACGUGAUCAAAUCGAGAAAAGAUGAGUAUCAAAAGUUGGUCAAACAGCAACAACAACAACAACAACAACAACAACCACAACAACAACAACAACCACAACAACAACAACCGCAAUAUGGUCCACGACCUGCCGAUAUAGACUAUUCCAAAUUCAAAUCUGCAACCGUAGCAGGGAUGUUUGUCAACCCAUUCGAUGAGUACCGUCCUCAAACCGCAUUUGAAUUCAUUCUUGUUCGAGUCAUGGAGUUAUUUGAGCUGUUGUAUGGAAACAUUGUGGAGAAACAUGCCAAGUUGCCCCAUCCCCAUGAUGGUGCCGUUGAAGUUGAGGAUGAAUUGAAGUUAUUCAAACCCGAUUUGGAAAGGUAUAGAUUUAAUUCACAAAUACUACAACAAUGUAUCAAGAAUAAUGCAUUUCAAGCAAUGGACCAAGGACAGAGCAGCAGUAGUAGUGGUGGUGGUGGUGGACUAUUCUUCAAAUCAAAGCUUCUGCUACCCCCAAUAAACAAACAGUUGCUCUUUACGUGGUUGGGUCAAUCAUGUACGUUAUUUCAGGUAUCUGGUAUCAAUUUCUUGACUGAUCCGAUCCUAAGUGAUCAUUUGAUAACGCCGUCAUUUGGGCCCAAGCGUUUGACAAAGUCGCCAUUAUCUUUACAAGAUAUUCAAUAUGCUACCAACAAUCAACUUGAUUUCAUAUUGGUGUCUCAUGACCAUCCAGAUCAUUUGGAAAUGGAUCUUGUUGAUAAAAUACGAAAUGACAGUUGUUGGAUUGUGCCAUUGGGCUUGAAGAGCAAAUUGGCCCGUAGGGGGGUUCAUAGAGUGAUUGAGCUAGAUUGGUGGGAUACGUUGGAUAUAACAAAGUAUAUUUUUGGUGAGGAUCACAACAACACUGAUGUCAAGGGGAACGCCAGAUUUCCCGACAAGUACGAAAUUGAGUGUGUUCCUUCAAUGCACUGGUCAGGAAGGUACGUUAUCGACUCAAACAAAUCAUUGUGGUGCUCUUAUAUCUUGAAACGUAAUGGUGAAUCAAUAGUUUACCACGCCGGAGAUACUGGGUACCUGAAAGAAUUAUUUGACAUUAUUGGUGCUAAAAAUGGGCCGGUGACGUUGGCUUUGUUGCCUAUUGGUCAAUAUUGUCCUAGUUGGCAUCAGAAACCACGCCACAUUUCACCUGAAGAGGCGUUGGAUUUGUCAAGUCAAGUAUCGGCCACUUUCAUGAAGGGAAUACAUUGGGGUACGUUUAAGCUUAGUGGGGAACCAAUUUUGGAACCAAAGAACUUGUUGAAUAAAUUGGCAGCAUCCUCUGGCAAGGCCGAUGCGUACAAGGUUCCACUGUUUGGAUUGACAUAUUUAUUUGAUUUAGAGCAUAAAAAAGAGAUAGAAUUACAUGUAUAA